ACACCGUAUGAAAAAGCCCUGAAGGUUUAUAGGUUGUCUCGUGACCUGUGAGGCAAUUAUAAAUGAUUUUUUGCUACUCUAGAAAGUCUAGCAAGAAAUUUAACUUUUGAAUCAGCCCAUAGAGGACGCGUACAUCUGUUAGAUUCGAAAGUAGGUUACAAAAAAUGGUUAUAUUUUGAAGCACGUUUUUACAACUGGUUGUAUUUGAAGAACUCCCGCCAUGAGCGGCGCCGAGUUGGAGGCUGGGAAGGCGCGGCUAUAUUUGUAGACGGUCCCCCGAGAAGAGUGAAAGUUGCCAAAAUAAAGAUGCCAGAGGAGCAGCAGGACCAGAGGGAGGUGGACCCACGCCCAGUUCGGCGGCCGCGACGAAGAUGGCGUCCCGCGAGAAAGCUAAAGGACAGCACGCGACGACCAAAAGCGGACGACUCCCGCGAAGAUGGGUGGCCUGUUUCACGCUGGCCAUCAUCCAGCUCAUCAUCGGUCUGGGCCUCCUGGCCGUUGGUGCCGCGGACGUUGUCUUCACGCUAGACCACAAGUGUAAAGACCGCACAGGAGCCUCCUUCUUGCAGGGUGUCGUAUGCGUGGUAUCUGGUGCUUUCGCCCUGGCUGCAUACUCACCGCGUCGAGUUCGAACACAAGGGCACCCAAAUAGAGUCCUGGUCGCGGUGCAUGUUCUGCUGUCCUUCCUGGUGGCAGUAGUCAGCUUCAAUGUUGUGACAUGCUUGGCCACUUACACCGGUGAUAGGACCACAGCCCUGUUUGCAGUUAUCCUGGCCAAGGUGGUGCUGACCUACACAUGCCAUGUCUUGGGAGGCGUCUGUGCGGGUGUGGCGGUGCCCGACCUGUGCCGCAAUGGUUCUGGCCUUGUCACAUUUGACACCUUCCACAGGGAUGUCACUGCCAAGCAGGUGCCACAGAACCAGAGUAGUAACGCCCCCACCACCACAGCUGCUCCCAGCAGUGCAGCUGGGCCAGUGCAGCUACCCGAGGCACGAAGCCAUGUACAGGAGGCCCCUGGAACAGGCGAGAAGCUCACCGUGGUCACUCUUCCAGAGGCAGACGUCAUCUACGCCGUGCCCGAAAACAGCUACGUAGUGCGCCGCCCAGAGGGGUCAUACGUGGCUCCCCCUGGCAACUCCCGGCUGGCACCCUUCUUUCCCACCUAUACACGGGUUGCAAUUGAAUGACAGUGUCUAUCACAAGAAGGUCGCAGGCCACACUGAUGCCCUGUUGCACAAACAUGCAUUCGAUGGAUACACAACAAGCCACCGAAAAUGUCCUCGCCAUCCUUUCCCACCUCUGGUAACAGGCUUCAGUUGCUUCGGCCUUGGCAAAUGCCCCUAGGUGGCCACUGAGACUUCAUUUCUCUGUCUUUCUUGUCUCUGUUUGGCUGAAGACGUAAUGCUGUCUUGUGGCUGUCCACCUGGUUAUCUGGCAGUGAUCUUGCAGCCACGAGUGGUCAUACAGGCUGUAUAUAUGGUGCUAGUAAAUGUCUGUGUUAUGUGAUUUGCCCGUCACUCGACAGCUAUAAUGUGUACUGCAAACAAGCUCUACUGCUUCUAGUUACAGCUUUUCUGUUCAUACUUCAGUAAUGAUGUUGAAGCGAAAUGGUCCAGUCGAAUUAUUUCUGUGCUUAUGGCACCACCAAUUCAUAAAAAAUAUCAUACUCGAGUUGUUUGCCUGGCAAGUAAUCAUUAGGCUGGUUUGACAUCUUUUCGUUGUCUUUUUUAUUUUUAUAUUGCACUCACUCAAAUGAGGAUAGAACAUGGUGUUUAGAAAAUGCUCAUUUUAUCGCUUAUAUCCACUGCAGAGAGUCAAACCACUGAAAAAUGAAGUAUGCAAGACUUCUAAGCUAAGCAGUUUUUUUCUUAACGAGCUGUUGUACACAGUGGCUGUGUUCUCAAUGUGAGACAGUGGAGCAGUCCUGAGAGAAAGCAGGAUUUCUAUCUGUAAAUUGUUCCUAAGCAGCGAAAAGUGUGCCUUCAAAAGCCAGCUUGACCACUAGCUUUAAAGCAUCAGCCAUAGUGAAUAUUUCCCAUGGAUUGUUGGCGUGGUUGUUCCAACAUCGGAUUAACCAUUUUUACACUGUGUGACAGCCGCGCUGUUAUGGUUGAAAUGCCUGCCAUAGUGUUAUCACAUCAAUACUCUCCAAUAAAAUAAAGCUCUGGAUAGUGAGGUCAUCACAAGCAUAAAAUGGAAUGUUGGAUGGAACCACACCAAAAGUAUGUUGGAAAUAUGUUCCACAUAGUUGUUUUUUUAGGCUGUAAUUGUAGUGCCUUUGAUUGUGCAACUUAAAACCAUUGCACUACAGUCAACGUCCGAUUUUUCGGGCUCGACUAGGAGUCGCGAAAACGUCCGAAAAAUCGGGCACUCCGAAAAAAUGAAUGCAUGCCUUUUACUGCCCCCGAGGGCUCAAACCGCCACAGCCACGUCCGAAAUAGCUCUGAAGGCCUGCCUGUACACUUAUUAGGUGUAUCGGUGCUAUUACUGUGACAGGCGGGUGCAUGCAUGCAUAAUUAACAAAUAUGUACAUGUGUCCCGUGACAGUUGCCCCUUUCCACUCUUUGUAUGCUUCACCGUUUAACACUGCUGUAUUGCGGCGAAGCUGACUUUUAGAAACUGGCAAUAUGCAGUGCAUCAAGCGCUCCGUGCUUCAAAGCCAUCAGCGAGGAUUACUUACAAAGGCGGGGUCAGCACUGUUGCUGACAGUGGCAAAUUCUUUCAAUGUAAUAGCACUGAACAACAGGAAGCUCGGUGGUGGCUACGGCUGCCAGCAGAUCGGCAUGCGAGAGCGCCGGUUCAAGGCUUUGAUAAUCAAAAUGGUGGCCGUAGUGGCUUCGAUGAAAGCAAUUUCGGGCAUGCGGUCGUGGCAGAACGUCUGGAAAAUUGGACGGCGAAGAGCCUUUGCGUCCGAAAUUUCAGACGUUCUUAUGCAUUGGCUCUAUGGGGUAAGUGGCGGUGCCGCGAAGGUGUCCAAAUUAUCGGACCGUGUCCGAAAAAUCGGUCAUUGACUGUACAUCUGAGCAAAUUGAUGCAGGAAAGUGUGCCUAGGCUAAAAAGUGAGGCACCUCACCGAUGCAUAUUUAAUUGAUACUAUGUGUAUCACACUUUUUUCUUUCUUUCUUGUAAACAUUUUUACUGGUGUGAAGCAAAGACAUUGUUGAAGGCUAAGUUCUUUCCUCGAAGACAUGCUCAAACAUCACUUAUGUUUGCUGCUUAAUGUCGUUUGAUCACUUCUCAGUCAGCAGAAUCUCGUCUCCUUUUUUUUUUUCUCUUUUCCUUUUUUUCUGCAUUCACUGGGCAAGCCAGUAAUUGCGUCUAGCGAAGCAUACCUCUUUUUGUAACCGUCCACAACCACUGAAGCCUGCUUUCUUUAAUGUUGGUGCUCACGUUUUGCUGGCUUUUAUUGUCAGUGUGUCAGUUUGCCAGCUAGAUGUUUACAUAUGCUUUCACAAAGUGCCUUUCUCUCUCUGGCUGCUAUUGGUAUUCUGAUGAAGUCUUUACCCUUUACCCGAUGCUGUAUAAGCAUAGUCUUCAUGAAUGUAAUGCGACAACAGAUUUAACACGCAGAGAAAGAUUUGGAGGUCCCUAAAAAUUAAUUACAUUGAUGAUUCUAACACUACCUGACACUACAUACUACAACCAUGGCCAAAGGCAUGGAAAAAAAAAACCCUUGAGCCCAUUCUAUCCAGCCUUACCGCUUAGCCAUGGUGUUCUGCUGCUGGGAAUAAGGACUUGGGUUCAACUCUCAUCCUACGUGACCUUGGAGGCAGAACACAUAUACUUGUCACAGUGGCUUAGUAGUUGUGGCAUUGUUUUGCUGAGCACUAAGAUGGGGGCUCGUUUCCUGGCCGUGGCAGCCGCAUUCCGAUGAGGACAGGUAUGCAAAAAAGCUCAUGUGCUUGUGUUUUGAGGUGCACAAUAAAAAGGCCCAGGUGGUCUAAAUAAAUCUGGAGUCCUCCACUAUGGUGUCCCUCUCAACCAUCUGCAUAGUUUCAGGGUGUUAAACCUCACAAUUGAAUUAACUUAGAUCGUAGGUCCACUAUCAUGAACCCCAGGCGGUCUUAAGUUUAUUUGGAGACCAGUCUAAGUUUACUGGGGCUGGUUAGUGUGCAUCUCCUCUUCUACUGCAGCUGCGGUGGUUGAGCAUUGCUGCACGUGUCCUAUCUUGGAGGCGAUUUACAGUGGGUUCGAAGGCUAGCUGACCCUAAAUAGCUGAUAGCUUCAUGUGCGCUGUGUUUUCACACGCCUAGUCCGCGUUGAAGCGAGAGGUAGCGCGAACGGGAAUUCGGUCGCCACUGCUGCAGCUCUUCAUCGCGCCAGCAUUCUGACAGCGAGUGUCCGUGGUCAUCGAGUGAGAUGUGUUUGUGUUUGCGUAUGCACGCGUGACAGCAUGCUUGUUAAUUUAGUUGCUAAGCAAAUCUUUACAGCAGUUUAUGCAGCUAAUAAAGCAAGUAACCUUACUUUGUAUAGCUGUUUAGUAAGUUGCUACCGCAAUCAAUGCUUCACCUGUCAGGCGAAACUGUGACUUUUUUUACUUUCAAGCAUCAGCACUGUAUGUGCACUUGUGCUCAGCAAUUCUGCAAGGACCACAGUGUACACAGACACCUCAAUGUACCUACUGGAUGGCUCUUGUAGUAAGUUUACUAUGCUUUUGUGAAGUUGGCCACCAUGUCAUAUUCCAGUCCUAUAGACUUGUUUCCUUUUCUUCCACUGCCAUGGUAAUGAAAACCAAAUGAUCCUGUGUGCCUUUUUCACAAAACAGCACUGCCAAAGAACAUGGUUAACAACAGUAAGCCAGAAUGCCAUAGCACAAGAGUACUGAAAGUGUUUGGAGAUGGCAUGUUCUACAUAAGUUUCAAGUAUUUCUAGAUGGUUUUGUGAGUACAUCUCACACUACUGGAGCAGAAGACAUUGUUUCAUUUACAAUGAAUUGUACAAGAUACCGGUGCUAGUUAAACAAAUCUUAAUCACCAUUAUUAGCGACGCAGUUCGGUAUGGUAGUGCUUUUUUCCCACCACACUUAUUCACUGAUGUGUGAACAUAGUAGAACAUGAAUCAACUGCAAUAUGCUGGUCAAGUCAAAACCCAGUCAAUGCGAUUAUGGAUAUUUUGUGUGGUGUUAUUUGUUUUUAUUUUAUUGUUUUUUUCUCUUCGUUUUCCCCUACCGCAUUUAUCAUUCAGAUAGGUCUGCAUUGCCACAAUGUGGAUGUGCUGAACUCAAUUCUCCCGUAAAUUUUUUGGUGGACAGAUCCAUUUGUCAUGCAACAAUGGCUUUGUGUCAGAGAUACGAUUUUAUAUGUAGAUACGUAAACAUAUGUGCAUAUAUCUGUGUUUACAUUUGCGUAAAGUAUUGUUUCAGACUUCCUGGGCACGAUCUGUAGUCUUUGUUAAUGUUGGGUCACAGCUUUCCUUUAGUUAUUCAGGGUUUGGUUGGUUCCUGUUUUAUGUAGCACUGUCCUUUUAGUGCUAUGCUCUGCUACUGUAUUCAUCUUGUUUUCUUUUCGAGAGCAGUACAUUUUUGUGUCAGAGUAAGGUCGCUGUUUUGGAUGCCUUUUAGUCGACUGAAGUCUGUUCUGCACCACCUCAUUUUUGCGACUUUAUAGCACCCUGUACACUUGCCAGACGAGUGGCAAAAUACUUUGUGUGUGUUUGUACAUGUUUGUCUGCAUUAUGCAGUGUGAAAUAGAUGUGCCUUAAGCUCAACCCGCACGGAGCACUGCUUACCCAUCUGGCUACAUGCCUGCGUCAGCUUACACGGCUUAUGGUUCGUAUGUGUCUGGUUCUGAAAAGGGCAACUACCCUCGCGAUUCAUGCAGUUUUGUGUGUUCUGUCUACCUGGCACUACAACAGCCACAUUGCAGUGUGUUCAGUGUAGAAACAUUGUGGCAACUCAAACCGUACAUAACAACCCCAGCUAGGGCAACUCAGCCAUCAAGUCAACCAUACCAACUUUUUGAACUCCCUUUUUCCUAAAUUCUGAUUGAUAGGUACACUACUUUCUGCUUAGGCACAAACUUGAACUUGCUGCUCAAGUGAGAUAAAACAUAAAUUAUCGUGCCCUUCAAUUUGAUUCUACACAACCGUAAUAAGGUACUUAAUUGGGUGAGUUGGAAUUUCAAAGCCAUAGCAGACUUUUAGCACAGAAUUGCACAAAAAUUAUGGGAAUGAACGAGCGGCAUUUUGUCCACGGUUUUUGUUCCCAUGAUAUUUGAGUAAUUCUGCCCUGAAAUUCUGCUACUGAUUCUACAUAACCACCCAGGUACCAUUUAUUUUCAGUAGUUGUUGCCCUAGUUAGCCACUCAGCAUAUAUGGCUGCAGCCUGAUUUGAGCUUUGGAGAGCAGAGACACUGACAUCUAGUGUGUGCAAACAUGUGCAUGAAUUUCUGUGCAUUACGUUGUAUGACUGCACAUAGUGAUUUCAAGGUGUGCAAGCUGAUGCAGACGCAUAACCAGACGCAUGUGCAGUGCUCCAUGUGGUCCAGGCUUUGUCUUGAUGUGUCACGAACGAUGCAGCAGCUUGCAAGUGUGAUAAACGUGUCAAGAGCUUGUUUUUGUUUGUUUUUGAAAGCAUGGACUUGCAAAGUCAUGCCUCCUAACUGUGGCCAAAAACUUUGCUACAAUGCCAACAGAUUGUCUACACUACUUCUUGCUGCUUGACGUAAUUUAUUGCCGAUGAUUGUUAAUCACGGAAGCUAGUCUUGCGUUCUCGCAGGACAACUGAAUACAUUCACUUGUGUCUUAUGCUUCCUCUUUAUAAUCAAAACCCAUUUAUGUACUCCACCCGGCUAGUUCUAUACUCUACAGUUGAAAAUGUACAUGUUGCAAUGAAUGUUGCGUUUGUAAGGAAUCCGAGUGUGAACAGCUCUACUAGCACCUGCUGGCUCAUUUGUGCUCAAAUUUCAGACAGAGGUAGCAUUUCAUAGUGCAGUUUGUUUGGUACCAUGCUUGUAAGUAGUAAUUAACUGUUUUGCCCUGAAUAAAUACAAAGUACAUGUCACUUGCGUGAUGCCAAAGUAAAUUUUUUUUCAUGGAAUAGAGUUAUUGUAUGCUCACAUAGGGAGUGGAGUUAUAAUUUGUUUUCCAUGCGUCGUUUGCACUACCAUUCGCUGGGCGCAAUCACAUGGUUCAAAAUGCAAUGGUGCACGGCGGGAAAGUCGCCAUUGAGGGAGAGCUAAACAUUGGCAACGACAGCUCCAGCUCCUUGUCCAACGAAAAAUGCCCAGACAACUGCUUCCAAAACUGAUCUCCUUCUUUCGUUCAUUCAGGGCAAAUGUAUCAUAAGUGCCUUUUAUGUUUAUCUUGUUUGCUGUUUCGUUGAUUGGCAUCCGUGUUGACAAAUGGUACCUCCACACUUGUGUGGUGAAGGAUCCUGUGCUAGGCUACACAUCAGUGCAUGCAAAGGGGUAUUUCUGCUUGUGGCUAGGAAACCAUGCAAUCAAGCAGGCUUGAGAGUUUGAGAUAAAGUGGUUUAAAUGCGCUGUUAUCUGUUAUUGUGUUUUGUGCAGCCUGGCUCCUACACACAUGAAGUGUGGCUUUCCCUCGCAAACAUCCUUUAUUUGAUGCACAAGAUGGUGGAUCUCCGUGCGACUCCUCUCCCCACAAAAACACAUAUAGUAAUUCUACUAUGGAAGCAAUGGUAGUGCCACCUAUUGCCAAGAGGGCAAAUCUGCAAUGCAUAUUUCCUUCUUUGUGGUGGAUGCUUUGCUCUCCUAGGUCAUAUGGCACCAUUGUAGCUUCUACUGAAAAAAAGGGGGAAAGGUGACUUGUUUGGCCAUGCAUUGCUGCAGACAUCUACUUCAUUUCAUCUGGUAUACAUAUACCAGAUGAAAUGAUCAAGUGCAACAACCGGGCACGGUAUCAAACAAAAUACAGUAUCACAUGACACCUCUGUAUGGAAUUUGAGUGAAAACGACACCCGUUUUGCCAGGGGGGCUGGUUAUACAGGGCUCUCUUGUCGACGUAACAUGCAGUGCACAGGUUGAAGGUCUGCAGUUGGUUUUACAUCUUGUUCCUUGCUGUUACAUUGUUGUCUGUUUGCACGCAGUGAAUAGUGAGGCAGUUAGUGCUGCAUGUCUGCUGCUCUAACUGUCCACAAUGGCACACAUUUUAUUUUAAUAACUGCCAACAUUUGUUUUUGUGAAGCCUCAUUAAACACAUGACUUCAG